UCUGGAGUGGAGACUCUGAGCUGCCCAGAGCUCUCCUUUGCCAAACACAACAAGGGACUGCAUUUCAGGAACAGAUUGUUAAGAAGAUGGAUGCAUUCAGUCAGCCCAUGGCAGAAAAAAGAAAGGAAAUGGACACACAGGGCGCAAACAGCAUUGCAGGUGUAUUUCUGCAGUCCACCAAGCAUGUUAUGAGCAUCUCUGAAGCAAAAUGUAAAGGGCUUCUGACUCCUGGAACUUCUCUGUUGUUGCUGGAGGCGCAGGCUGCUACUGGGUUUAUGAUUGACCCAGUAAGGAACAAGAAGCUAUCUGUGGAAGAGGCAGUGGCUAGCGGUGUUGUUGAUGUGGUGUGGAAGCACAAACUGCUAUCAGCAGAAAGGGCGGUCACAGGGUAUUCAGACCCCUACACAGGAAACAUCAUCUCCCUGUUCCAGGCCUUAAAUAAGGACUUGAUUGUAAAGGAUCAUGGCAUUCGCCUUCUAGAAGCACAGAUUGCCACAGGAGGGAUCAUUGAUCCGGUACAUAGCCACCGAGUGCCUGUGGAAGUAGCCUACCAGCGUGGAUACUUUGAUGAAAAAAUGAACCAGAUUCUUUCAGGUCCCGAGUAUGACACCAAAGGCUUUUUUGACCCCAACACUCAGGAGAAUUUAACCUAUCUGCAACUUAUGAAGACAUGUGUGACAGACCCAGAAACUGGUCUUAGCUUGCUGGCUAUUGUCCAAAAAGGAGAGGACUACUACUUUUUUGACAAAGAAACAAAACAUUUUCUAAAAUCCACCAUCGCAACAAAAGCAGGAGGAAUAUUUAAUGGUCAGGAGGCAUCUUUUUGGGAACUCCUCUAUUCCAAGCACAUCACUGAGGGAAAAAGAAGGGAGCUAGUACGGCAGUAUUCCUCCGGGGAAAUCACAAUUGAGCGCCUUAUGGAGAUCAUAGUCACAAUAAUAGAGCAGACUACAUCUACAACUACAACAAUUACACAAAUAAAAAACACCGGAAACUUCCAUGGUAUCAGGAAAGACGUGACUGCUGAUGAGUUGCUUGAAUCUAAAAUCAUUGACCAGAAAUUGUAUGAAGAGCUCAGUACUGGUAAAGUUACAAUUAAAAGUGUAAGUGAAAUGGACUCUGUUCAUAAAUACCUACAGGGAACAAACAGCAUUGCAGGUGUAUUUCUGCAGUCCACCAAGCAGGUAAUGAGCAUCUGUGAAGCAAAAUCUAAAGGGCUUCUGACUCCUGGAACUUCCCUGGUUUUGCUGGAGGCGCAGGCUGCUACUGGGUUUAUGAUCGACCCAGUAAGGAACAAGAAGUUCUCUGUGGAAGAGGCAGUGACUAGCGGUGUGGUCGAUCUGGAGUGGAAGCACAAACUGCUAUCAGCAGAAAGGGCGGUCACAGGAUAUGCAGACCCCUACACGGGUAACACCAUCUCCCUGUUCCAGGCCUUAAAUAAGGACUUGAUUGUAAAGGAUCAUGGCAUUCGCCUUCUAGAAGCACAGAUUGCCACAGGAGGCAUCAUUGAUCCGGUACAUAGCCACCGCGUGCCUGUGGAAGUAGCCUACCAGCGUGGAUACUUUGAUGAGGAAAUGAACCAGAUUCUCUCAGAUCCUGAUGAUGACACCAAAGGCUUUUUUGACCCCAACACUCAGGAGAACUUAACCUAUCUGCAACUUGUGGAGAGAUGUGUGACAGACCCUGACUCUGGUCUUAGCUUGCUGGUUAUUGUCCAAAAAGGAGAGGACUACUACUUUUUUGAUGAAGAAACUAAAAAUAUUCUAAAAUCCACCAUCACAACAAAAGCAGGAGGAAUAUUUAAUGGUCAGGGGGCAUCUUUUUGGGAACUCCUCUAUUCCAAGCACAUCACUGAGGGAAAAAGAAGGGAGCUAGUACGGCAGUAUUCCUCCCGGGAAAUCACAAUUGAGCGCCUUAUGGAGAUCAUAGUCACAAUAAUAGAGCAGACUACAUCUACAACUACAACAAUUACACAAAUAAAAAACACCGGAAACUUCCAUGGUAUCAGGAAAGACGUGACUGCUGAUGAGUUGCUUGAAUCUAAAAUCAUUGACCAGAAAUUGUAUGAAGAGCUCAGUACUGGUAAAGUUACAAUUAAAAGUGUAAGUGAAAUGGACUCUGUUCAUAAAUACCUACAGGGAACAAACAGCAUUGCAGGUGUAUUUCUGCAGUCCACCAAGCAGGUAAUGAGCAUCUGUGAAGCAAAAUCUAAAGGGCUUCUGACUCCUGGAACUUCCCUGGUUUUGCUGGAGGCGCAGGCUGCUACUGGGUUUAUGAUCGACCCAGUAAGGAACAAGAAGUUCUCUGUGGAAGAGGCAGUGACUAGCGGUGUGGUCGAUCUGGAGUGGAAGCACAAACUGCUAUCAGCAGAAAGGGCGGUCACAGGAUAUGCAGACCCCUACACGGGUAACACCAUCUCCCUGUUCCAGGCCUUAAAUAAGGACUUGAUUGUAAAGGAUCAUGGCAUUCGCCUUCUAGAAGCACAGAUUGCCACAGGAGGCAUCAUUGAUCCGGUACAUAGCCACCGCGUGCCUGUGGAAGUAGCAUACCAGCGUGGAUACUUUGAUGAGGAAAUGAACCAGAUUCUCUCAGAUCCUGAUGAUGACACCAAAGGCUUUUUUGACCCCAACACUCAGGAGAACUUAACCUAUCUGCAACUUGUGGAGAGAUGUGUGACAGACCCUGACUCUGGUCUUAGCUUGCUCUUGCUCAAUCAGUGAAAUACAAACAAAAUGAGUGAGUGGUUUGAUUAUAACUCUUUGAGGAAGGAGAUAAGGUCAUGCUGUCAAAGGGCCUUAUUGACAGAUAAUGUAAAUGGUGAAAAAUCUUUGAUAAUUAAAAAAAUAAAUAAAAUACAAAUCUAAUUUUCAGCUUUUUCUUCUAUUUCCUGUUUUUAGCCCCUAUUAAAACCCAUCUACAUUUUCUCAACCAAAGUCAAAACCCCUUGGGAUUUGGGUGGAGUCACUUCAUACUGAAUUUGGGAUUGAAACAAAGCGUGACAAUGUACAUUACAUUACAUUACAUUACGUGGUAUUUAGCAAUGUAGACUCCACAAUGUGCUGGGAUCAAGAUUCCGGUCAUUGUCAGUUAUUCUAAUGAAAUGUUUGACAGCCCGUUGUUGCCGAGCUCUCUUUCUUCCAUAAUAGUAACAUGGUCAGUCACAAGUGCUUCAUCAAAUACGCUUCAUCAAAAAUUCACCAAUUGCUGCAUUUAAUCUCCUUCUAACCUGUUUAAAAAGUAAAUUCUGAAUAUAUAAAACAUCAGGUUAAAGGUUAAUAACUAACCUGUGUCACAAUUCCACAAACCAUAGCCAGCUUUAAACACUUAAAUAAUAAGCAUGUCUAACAGACAGCCCAACUAGCUACACAAAGGAGGAGACAUCAUUCCGGCAUCUCAUUACCAAUUAAAUUAUUAGUUUAUUGGAUACACAUGGUUCUUUCACAGAAAGACCAAUGUCUGUACCUUUACAAAUGCUCCAUACCAUCCGUACGAACUAUUGUAUGCCUCAUAUUAGCCUUGUGGCUCUUUAGAUGUAUGGCAGGCAUGAAACAGCCUCGACACCUGGAGAGCAUAAAUGUGGAUUGACAUAUCUUAGCUUAAUAAGCUACAGUGGUGUGAAAAAGUGUUUGCCACCUUCCUGAUUUCGUAUUUUUUUGCAUGUUUGUCACUUUUGCAUGUUUGUUUGAUCUAAAGAAAUUCAGGAACAAAUGAGAAAGAAAGAAAGAAAGAAAGAAAGUAAUUGAGAUCUAUCAGUCUGGAAAAGGUUAUAAAGCCAUUUCUAAAGCUUUGGGACUCCAGCGAACCACAGUGAGAGCCAUUAUCCACAAAUGGCGAAAACAUGGAACAGUGGUGAACCUUCCCAGGAGUGGCCGGCCGACCAAAAUUACCCCAAGAGUGCAGCGACGACUCAUCCAAGAGGUCACAAAAGACCCCACAACAACAUCCAAAGAACUGCAGGCCUCACUUGCCUCAGUUAAGGUCAGUGUUCAUGACUCCACCAUAAGAAAGAGACUGGGCAAAAAUGGCCUGCAUGGCAGAGUUCCAAGACGAAAACCACUGCUGAGCAAAAAUAACAUUAAGGCUCGUCUCAAUUUUGCCAGAAAACACCUUGAUGAUCCCCAAGACUUUUGGGAAAAUACUCUGGUCUGACGAGACAAAAGUUGAACUUUUUGGAAGGUGUGUGUCCCAUUAGAUUUGGCGUAAAAGUAACACCGCAUUUCAGAAAAAGAACAUCAUACCAAUAGUAAAAUAUGGUGGUGGUAGUGUGAUGGUCUGGGGCUGUUUUGCUGCUUCAGGACCUGGAAGACUUGCUGUGAUAAAUGGAACCAUGAAUUCUGCGGUCUACCAAAAAAUCCUGAAGGAGAAUGUCCGGCCAUCUGUUCGUGACCUGAAAUGAACUUGGGUUCUGCAGCAGGACAAUGAUCCAAAACACACCAGCAAGUCCACCUCUGAAUGGCUGAAGAAAAACAAAAUGAAGACUUUGGAGUGGCCUAGUCAAAGUCCUGACCUGAAUCCUAUUGAGAUGCUGUGGCAUGACCUUAAAAAGGUGCAAACGCUUGAUUGCAGUUGUUGCUGCUAAGGGUGGCCCAACCAGUUAUUAGGCAAUCACUUUUUCACACAGGGCCAUGUAGGUUUGGAUUUUUUUUUCUCCCUUAAUAAUAAAAACCUUCAUUUAAAAACUG